UGUCGUCGUCAACAACAUAACUACAAAAUUAAUUGAGAUUAAAUACUCAAAUUGCUUAAUAUUUAAGUCAUGAUUUUUCCCAUAUUUUUCUUUCUGCUUGGAUUUAUAAGUUUCGUAAAUACGCAAUCGUUUCCAAACUGGGAGGAGUUGGAUGGCGAAGGGAAAGUUUUUCUGGGAUGGGAAUUCGAUUCCAAGACAGAAUUGAUAACUUUCCAAAUGCAAGUAGAAACGACGGGUUGGGUGGGGCUGGGAAUUUCUCCGGGUGGAAGCAUGUUAGGCGCUGAUAUUUUUAUUGGUGGUGUACACUCGGAUAGUUCGACGUAUUCGGAUGACUACAUCGGGCAAGGCUUUGUAACACCAAAGAUGGAUCUUCACAACGACUGGAUAUUGCUUGAAGGUGUCGAAGUCGGGGGCAAAACUACUCUAAAAUUUUCAAGACUCAUAAAUUCUUGUGAUGAAGAAGAUUAUCCGAUCGGGAUUGACACGACCCGACUAAUUUGGGCGUAUGGGGACACCGACGAGAUAAAAUAUCACUCAGCGACUCGACGAGCCCCGUCGCGUUUGGGUAUGUCGAUGAUUGGAAGAGGAGGCGCGGCAUUGCUGUUGGCGUUGCAUUUCUUCCAUAAAGGAGAAUGCGUCGAAAGUUCUUCUGUCGUAAAGAUCCGUCUAAAUAAAUUGCGUGCUAGCACAGUAGGUUUGGACGAAACCAUUUUGAUGGAAGUCAAAUCGGCCAUGGGCAAUGUUACACCGCUGUUAGCGUAAAUUUCGACCUGUUAAAAACACAAUUUUUAUUAACCUGUUAAAAUAAUAACCGUAGAAAUGUAUAAAAGUUUUAAAGUCUAAAGUAUAAAGUCUACACUGAUAAAGACGAAAAUAAUGGA